AUGUCUCCCUCUACUUCAUGUGCCGCAAAGGGCUCGAGCUCCCCGGUAGUCAACAAGAUGCCUGGUGUCCGGUGCCCCAACUGCUACGCAAAGGGCCAAGAAGUAUGGGUCAUCCCUGGCAAGAGCUGCCACGUCUGUGCCACACCAUGCGCAUGA